CGGGAGCCACCGGCGCGUGGUCAGGGGGGUGCCCGACCCGUCCACGCCCAGGGCCGGCUGGGAGCCUGCUGACGGAUCUCCGUGUGAGCCCUCCCCCUGGAGCCCGCGAGCUGGGGAGGAGGGAGGGUUUAUUUGGCGGCGGCGCGGGCAGCGAGGGCAUUGCGCGCGGGAGGGGAAGCCGCGCGGGCGACCUGCGGGGACAGGAGCCGUCCGGCCGCCUCGUCCGCGCCAUCCGCCUGCCCGUCCUGCCACCGCGCCCGGCGCAUCCGCACAGACAUGUCCCGGCGGCCAGGCGGCCCCCGCGGCCGCGCCUCCUCUGCGCCGGGGCCCUGAGCCGCCGGGCCGCCCCCAUGAGCACGCCCGGGCGCCCCUGCGCGAAGCGCUGAGCCGCUGCCGCCGCCAUGCGCUGGGCCUGGGCCGCGGCCGUGGGCCUCCUCUGGCCGCAGCUCGCGCUCCUCGGGGCCGUCGGGGCCCGGCGGGAGCAGAAGAGGCCGCGGCAGCCCGGCCCGCGCGCGGAACCCCGCAACGCCACCGUGGCCAACGGCGAGGGGCUGCCCGGCUCCCCCAAGCUGCCCGAGGCCUCGGGGCCCGAAUUCUCAGACGCCCACAGGACGUGGCUGAACUUUGUCCGGCGGCCGGAUGACGGGGCCUUGAAGAAACGGUGCCGGGGCCGGGACAAGAAGUCGCGAGGCCUCUCAGGCCCCCCCGGGCCCCCCGGCCCCCCGGGACCCCCUGGGCCCGCUGGUGCGGAAGUCACACAGGAGGUUCUGCUGCGGGAGUUCCAGGAGAUGCUGAGAGAGGCCACCGAGCGUCGGUUCUCGGGGGCUUGGGGCUCGCUGCUGCCUGAGGGGCCGGGCGGGCGGCUGGUGGCCGAGGCCUUCCACUGCCGGCUGAAGGGGCCGGUGCAGGUGGACAAGAAGACGCUGGUGGAGCUGCAGGGCUUCCAGGCCCCCACUGCCCCGGGCGCCUUCCUGCGGGGCUCCGGCCUGAGCCUGGCCUCCGGCCGGUUCACAGCCCCGGUCACCGCCAUCUUCCAGUUCUCGGCCAGCCUGCACGUGGCCGCUGUCUCCACAGACCGCAGGGGCCUGCAGGGCCAGGCCCGGGCCCGGGACACAGUGCGGGUGCUCAUCUGCAUCGAGAGCCUGUGCCAUCGUCACACGUCGCUGGAGGCCAUCUCGGGCCUGGAAGGCAGCGGCAGGAUCUUCACGGUGCUGGUCCAGGGGCUGCUCCAGCUGCAGGCUGGACAGUACGCCUCCGUCUUCGUGGACAAUGGCUCCGGGGCGCCCCUCACCGUCCAGAGCGGCUCCAGCUUCUCCGGCCUCCUCCUGGGCACGUGAGGACACGGCCGGCCCCAGGGGAGCUGCGUGGAGAGGACCCUCGGGGCCAUGGGAGCUGCCGGUGGCCCAUCCGCUCUGCCCUCUGUUAAAAGUGUGGUCACACAAUAAAGAGUUCCAGCCCACUCUGCCGCCUGUGUCCUCGUGGGG